AUGCACAGUCCCUCUGUCGCCGAGGAUGCUGACCCCGGAGAGACCCCUGGCCCUUAUUGGGAACUAUGCCAGGGGCCUCCCCAGGCUUGUUCUCAUGACCCUGAUCCUGCGGAGUGGCCUCAAUCAGGCAGCAUGGUUACUCCAUUCAAUGAGCCCCUCACAGAGGAAAUUGUUAUUCUCGAGUCUCUUCUAGCUGCCGCGUCACUCAGGCAGCUAUGGAAUCAGGCGUCCCUGCAACCCUGGUCCCCGCAGCCGAUUGCUCCAAACCCGGCGGAGGAGGUGUCUGUCAUCAAGCGAAGAAAACCUGGCGCCAGCUAUCCGGCCACUGGAGUGGAUCCAGGCGAUGCCCGACGACGACAAACGAGUCACUCGGGGGCUUUGGAGGAAGGCAGAGGGACAAUAUACCCGCUUCUAGAGGACCAGGUGGUAGUGGAAACGCCGCAUGGACCCCAAGGAGUGUAUCCGGUGGAGCUCGAGGGUUGCAUCCCUAAUUCCGCAUCUCCUGACGGGGCAGGAGUAGUUCGGGCUGUGAGCGAACAGGCUUCCAUUAGACCGGACCCCCCUCCUGCCAUCGAAACGAGAAGUUUCAGUCAACCCGCGAAAGCUUUUCGCCAGUCUUUGCGGAGUGUGAUGGGUCGAGCCCGCGAUAGCAGCUUGGGAACCCUCUACAACCGGGCGACUUUGGUGAACAUUAAGCACGAACGCAGAUACUGGGUCCAGUUGGUGAUCGAAUAUGGCACAUACACGGUCUACGUCGCAUUCGUGUAUUUCGUGCUGGUGGGGAUGCCUCUGUGGAAAGGUGCUAUCUACUGGCUGUACUGGUUGAUGCGCCACAAGUUCAUCUUACAGGGAGGCUGGGCCAUUGUCAUCAGCCUGGCAGUCUUUUACUCGUUCACGCCACUUCUCGCUACCUUUGAGCAAGACGCUCCGGAUCCCGAGUUUUAUGAAAGUCGCCGCAUCAGUCCGACAGCCCCCGAUACUGCGUUGCUCAUCCCCUGCUACAGAGCAGCAUCUGUUUUGGGCCGGACCCUCGAGGCAGCCGUGAAGAUCUUCCCUCCAUCACACAUAUUCGUGAUCGCGAAUGGAGAUGCCCUAACGCCAAUUGACCAUACUGAGGAGGUUUGCCGCCCCUAUGGAGUCAAUCACAUUUGGAGCCCAGUCGGAUCGAAGAUCAUCGCCUUAUUCGUUGGAUGUUACGCCGCUAAGAAAUUUCGCUAUGCUCUCCUUAUCGACGACGACUGCAUCUUGCCGCCUACCUUCCCCGUCGUAGUGUCCCGGCUUAGCGACACUGUCCGCUGUAUCGGCUACACGAUUAAGGCUGUUGCUGCGGACUCCUCUCCAGGGACAUACUGCCAGCAAGCGCAGGAUCUGGAGUACAAGCUGGCGGGGCUGCAGCGCACCUUCGCUGGACGCAUCGGCAGCGCUACAUUUCCUCAUGGGGCCAUCUCUCUUUGGGAACGUUCAUUUCUCCGAGAUACCCUUCAGGAUCAUCCCGGAUUCUCCAUCAGCGAGGACUGGUUCCUGGGCAACAGCUGUCGACGGCUCGGCGGAAGAAUCCAGAUGUGUAGCUCUGUGUUUGUGGAAACUCACGCACCCCCUUCGUUUCUCUUCGCUCCCGGGAAAAGACGGGGUGGAUUUGGGGAGAUGACCGUUUUCAAGCAGCGAUUUAUGCGGUGGAACUUCUUUCUUGUCAACGGCCUGCGGUACAAUGUAACUUACCUCGCAAAAUCGUGGAAGUUGGGAGUUUACGAAAUCGGCACGAAACUAUUCGUACUGCAGGAGUUGUAUGAGACUGUCCUUGCCAUUCUAGCCCCGUUCGUCCUCCCAAUAUCCCUCGUCGUCCGCCCAAAGUUUUGCAUUUCUCUCAUCAUGGCCACAUUCGCGCUGUACCUACUGAACGCCAUUGUCUUCAACGAGAUUCACCUGCGAUUGAAGCAGGAGCGGAUCAGCUUGAAGAUUAUCCUGUUUUACUAUAUGCCCUACAAGAUCAUGAUCGCCAUUAUCAACGUCGGAAGCAACUACUGGUCUCUGUACAAAUAUGCCCGGUAUUUUGCCAAGCGACGGCCCAAGCUCACGGAAGACCACAAAGCGGUUGGACUGGUACUGAAACUGGAAGAGAGUGCACAGAACCGUGGCCCUGGUUCCACUGGGCUGGGACGCAACAUGACUGUGCGCUCAGUUGGCGUGCGACGGAGCAACCGAAUGAGUAGUGGGCCGGGCUUAGCUGCACUUCGCAACCGGUGGUCCCUACAAAGUCACGCUGAAGAGCCGGAGGUGACGGACGUUGUAAUUGAGCCCUACACAUAA